AAAUAAGAGAACUACUAAAAGGUAAAAUUCCAGAAUUAGUUGAUAUUGAAUUAAAAACAGAAAAAGUAAAUAAUUUAAGAAAUAUGCAAGAACAAAUGAAAAAUAAUUUAGAAAAAAAAUUGGAAACAUUAAUUGAAGAACAAUUAAAUAUGAAACCAGAACAAUUAAUAAAUGAAAAUAAGGGAAAAUGGAAAAAUGAAUUAAAAGAAGAAUUUAAUGCACAACUAAAAAACGUUUUGGAGGAAAAAAUAAAUGAUUUGUUAACUAAAAAUCAAAAUGAAUUACAAGAGAUAGAUAAAAUAAGACAAGGUUUAAAAAAAGAAAUGCACGAAUUAAUAAAAAGCAAAUCAAAAGAAGAAGAUAUUGAUAAGCUACAUGAUAGAGAAACACAUUUGAGGGAAAACAUAGAAAAAACAUUGAUAAGCAGAAUAGAUGAUGAUAUAACCAAAGAAAAUCAGUACAUAAUGAAAGAAAAUAAGGAAGAAUGGAAGAAGAGAUUGAAUAAAGAAUUUAAAGAAACAUUAAAUGUAGAAUUAAAGAAACACAUUGAUGAUUUGUCAGAUAAAAGGAGAAAAGAAUUGAAGAAAAUAGAAGAAAUAGAAGAAAAAUUAAAAGUAGAAAUGCCUAAAAUUAUCAAUGAAAAAUUAAAGGCAUCAUACGAAAAUAUAUGGAGAAAUAAAGACGAAAAUGAAGAAAUAAUAAAUACUAAAAUAGAACAUUUUAAAAAUGAAAUAAACAGCAAAUUCAAACGUGAAAUAGAAGAUGAUAUGAAAAAAUUAAUACUA